CCCGCCACCGUUGCCUCGUUGCGGCUCCUUCUCCUCCUCAGAGGCGAAGGUGGCGGACGGCCCCCGCGGUGCUGAGGACCCCCCUGGCCGUUUCCUUCCUUCCUCCCUCCUCGGCCUUCCCUUUGCGGCUUCUCCCUUUCGCCGAGCCCCGGCCCCGAGCCGGGAUGCGCCCCGCCGCCGCGCGCUGCCUGGAGGCGGCCCCGGCGAGGAGGCGGCGCGGGUGAAAGCAGCCCCGGAGCGGCGGCGGCGGCGGCCAGAGGGGAGCAGCGUCCCUCGACCCGGCGGAGAAUGAUGAAGUCCUCUUUACAUGCAGAAGAGGAUGAUUUUGUGCCUGAGCUCCAACGAAGUAUCCAUCCCCGUGAAAGACCAGAUUGGGAAGAGACCCUCAAUGCAAUGGCAAGAGGUGCAGACAUCCCUGAGAUUUCUGGAGAGUUAUCCUUGCGGACCUGUGGCAGUACAGCUAGCAUGAAAGUGAAGAAUGUGAAAAAAUUGUCCUUCACCAAAGGCCAUUUUCCAAAGAUGGCAGAAUGUGCACACUUCCAUUAUGAAAAUGUGGACUUUGGCAAUAUACAGCUUUCACUCCCCGAGGAACAGAAUGAAGUAACAAGAAAUGGCUGUGAGUCCAAGGAGCUUGUCUACCUGGUACAAAUCUCUUGUCAGGGCAAGAGCUGGAUUGUGAAGAGGAGUUACGAAGACUUUAGAGUGCUUGAUAAACAUCUUCACCUAUGUAUUUAUGAUCGACGCUUUUCUCAGCUCUCAGAGCUACCCCGUUCGGAUGCCCUGAAGGAUAAUCCGGAGCUUGUUACCCAGAUGCUGAUGGCUUACCUGUGCCGACUCUCAGCCAUUGCUGGCAACAAGAUAAAUUGCGGUCCUGCUCUCACAUGGAUGGAGAUUGAUAACAAGGGGAAUCGCCUCCUAGUUCAUGAGGAGUCGUCCAUUAAUGUUCCGGCUAUUGCAGCUGCUCACGUUAUCAAGAGAUACAUUGCCCAGGCAGCAGAUGAACUCUCCUUUGAGGUUGGAGAUAUUGUUUCUGUUAUUGAUAUGCCUCCAAAAGAAUUGACCACUUGGUGGAGGGGGAAACAUGGAUUUCAGGUGGGAUUCUUUCCUAGCGAAUGUGUUGAACUAAUUAACGACAAAGUCCCUCAGUCAGUGACCAAUUCUGUACCAAAGCCAGUGUCCAAAAAACACGGCAAGCUUAUUACUUUCUUGCGAACAUUCAUGAAGUCUCGACCAACAAAGCAGAAACUGAAACAGCGUGGGAUCUUAAAGGAGAGGGUCUUUGGCUGUGAUCUUGGAGAGCAUCUUCUCAACUCUGGACAUGAUGUUCCCCAGGUCCUCAAGAGUUGCACUGAAUUCAUUGAAAAACACGGUAUUGUGGAUGGAAUCUACCGUCUGUCUGGGAUCGCAUCCAAUAUCCAAAAGUUACGGCACGAGUUUGACUCUGAACAAAUCCCCGACUUGACAAAAGAUGUCUAUAUUCAGGAUAUACACUGUGUGGGUUCACUCUGCAAGCUCUAUUUUCGAGAACUCCCCAAUCCUCUGCUUACGUAUCAGCUCUAUGAGAAAUUUUCGGAUGCUGUAUCUGCUGCUACCGACGAAGAAAGACUGGUGAAAAUCCAUGAUGUCAUCCAGCAGUUGCCACCACCGCACUACAGGACCCUGGAGUUCCUUAUGAGGCAUUUGUCACAUCUGGCUGAAUAUUGUGCCAUCACAAACAUGCAUACCAAGAACUUAGCCAUUGUCUGGGCACCAAACUUACUAAGAUCAAAACAGAUAGAAUCUGCUUGCUUCAGUGGAACAGCAGCUUUUAUGGAAGUACGAAUCCAAUCAGUGGUUGUGGAAUUCAUUCUCAAUCACGUGGAUGUCCUUUUCAGCUCUAAACUCAGCUCUGUCAUUCGAGAGAGUGCAGGUCACAGUUCCUUGUCACGACCUAAAUCUUUGCUGGUGUCCUCCCCCUCCACAAAGCUGCUUACCUUAGAGGAGGCCCAGGCAAGGACUCAGGCUCAAAUAAAUUCCCCAGCUCUGACAGACAGCAAGUACAUCGAAGUCGGUGAAGGACCUGCUGCUUUGCAGGGGAAGUUCCAUACCAUCAUAGACUUCCCCUCUGAAAGAAAGAGGCCUCCCAGUAAGAUGAAAAAAUCCCCCGUUGGCAGCUGGCGCUCCUUCUUCAACCUGGGAAAAUCGUCCUCUCUUUCCAAACGGAAACUGCAGCGCAACCCAAGCGAGCCAUCCGAAAUGAAGGCGAUCGCUCUGGCAGGAGGAAGAGGAGACAGUGGAACCCUGCGCUCCGCCAAGAGCGAAGAGUCUCUUUCAUCUUUGCAUGCAAUAGAUGGUGAGUCUAAACUGUUUCGGCCCCGAAGACCAAGAUCGAGCAGUGAUGCUUUAUCAGUUUCUUUUAACGGGGAAUUGUUGGGCAACAUGAAUCGCUGCAAUUCUUACGACAAUCUACCCCAGGACCAAGAAAGUGACGGCGACGAGGGACAUCUGCAGGUCCCUGCCCUCAUUUCUCCCAGGUCGGCAGAGGACGUCGACCUGAGCCCGCCGGAGAUUGGGGUGGCUAGCUUGGAUUUCGACCCGAUGUCUUUUCAGUGCAGCCCACCCAAAGCAGAAUCCGAGUGUCUCGACAGCAGCACAUCCCUGUUGGAGUCCAUGGACUACAACAAGGAUAAGCCAAACCUCUUUAAGAAAGAGCUAGACUCGGGCAGCCAGUCUCAUACUCCCUGCAGUGCCACCAGCUCGGAACCAGUUUCUCCUUACCAAGAAAAAAACCCAAGUCCCUUCUUCACCCUGGAUCUGAGCCCACCUGAAGAGAGACCACCAAAACUCCUGUCUUUCUCUGAGAAGCUCACCUGUGCCUAUUCCCCCAAGUCGAUCCAAAAGCCAAUCAAGUCUCCACCACUCUCUGCAUUGGAGCCCGUUCCUUAUGCCGUCCCCAGCCGAAUGCCAGAUGUGGUUACCGGAGGAGUGUCAGAAAGCGUUGGCCCUUUGGAUUGGGCUAAAAAAAACAUUGACAGCAACGAAGCAUCAAGCAUGUCCCUUUCCCAGCUCAUGGUAUCACCUUUGAGAAGCAAUGAAAGUAGGCAUGGUGAAGAACACCAGCAGGAACUCCAGAACCCGGGAGAUACCAAGAAAGCAGAGCUUCAAGAAGAGGUGGAACCACUUACGCUCAGCAGCGGCCAGAGUAAGCCUGUACCUUCUGGACUGACACAGCCAGGAGCCGUUGCCCUUGCCACCCCCCAGGAUUCUGCUCCAGUCAAUUCUGUUUCUGUUGUCCCUCCUCCACCUCCGAAAAAUGCCGCCCGCAUCCUGGCUCUUGCCCUGGCCGAAUCUGCCCAACAAGCUUCAGUUCAGUCCCAGAAGAAACCAGAUAUUUAUUCAGACUGUAACAACUGCGGGAAAAGCGAGAGUGCAGGAACUCUAGAAAAAUUCCACCCAUAUCCUGGCUCUGCUUCGGAAAGGCUCCAGUUCUAUGCUGCUCUGCCAGAGAACCCGCUCAGUUUUCAGAUGGUUGGGGAUCUUCAAAGAAGCGGCUUGCCAGUAGUUCAGGGGCCCCAAAGCAGUGGCACGUCUGAAGGCGACAGCCAUCUCCACCUUGUCACAUCUGAACCUCGGGACCACUCCACUUUCUCUAAUAAUAUGGCAGGAGACCUUCACGGUGGUACUAACAUGGGCUGGGACCACUCCCACUUCUAUCCAUGUACAGUUGGAGACACACACCUCCUUACUCAAACUUUUGCCUCGGAGGAUCAGAGUCAUCUUCAUUCCUGUCCUGGACGAACCGUUCAGGCCGAGCCAUCUACAGCGGAGAUACCACUAGAAAGUCCUCCACUCCAUGCUGGUGUCCCUUUGGAUAAGAACCCAAUCCAGGCCACCAAGAUUCAUCUUCCCAUCUGUAAAGUGGAGGACAGACUUCCCUUUCCUUCAGUCCCUCCUGGGGAGAAAAGCGUCCCCACAGAUCUGGCCUGCGUCAUGAAGAACCACCCAGAAGCUGCCAAACCUAAUUCUGGCAUGUCCAGACCGAACGUCCCACCUCAGCCUUCUACAGUCACCAGCAACAUUACAUGGGGGGAAGCGGCUCUUCCUGCGGGAAGCCACCAAGUUCCACCCAUGAGACCAGGGGACCAGCCAGCCGUGGGGCAGACUCCUCCCAAGAAACCUUCAGGAGGCUUCAGUCAGGUACAAGGAGAGACAACUGCAGACAAAUUGCUGGAGCCUAGAACAGCCGAGCCAGCUCCCGUCUUGGAUGUGGAAGCCAGCGCUACAAUCCAGUGCACGUCAGCCACCCCAGUGGCUCUGUUUCACCAGGGACACUUGGAGAAACCCCGAGAAAAUACCAGGGCUCCACCUUUACAGAUGAGGUCCGAAUCUGUCCCAGCUCAAUCGUCGUACCCUUUCAUGCCUCCGGUACCGCCUGUGAGGACAAUGGAGAGCAAACUUGCAGCCGCCAUGCAUUCCAACAGCGCCGACACGAUAAACCCUGCCAAUUUCCAUGCUUUUAUGGCUUCUUCCUCAUUGCCACUGUCAGCAGAGGAUGUGUUGGCAACCCCUGCCCUAUCUAAACAAGCAUCCCUUCCGUCGGCCUAUUUCCUUCCCUCCAAGUCAGAAAGCACGCCGGAGCCUCCAGCACAUCCCAAACCCUCAUCGGCUCAUCAAUACAGGGCUGAAAAUAGCCAGCCCCACCUUUUUCACAGCAAGUCUGAGCAGCAUCCGGGCUACCCUUCUCUGUCGGAGACCCCCCCUUCCUUGGGGUCCCGAUAUAAUGCGUACACCAGUCAAGGAAAGAGCGCGUACGUUCAUUAUGCCAAGCCACGCAGUCGGAUCGAAUACCUGUCUUCCCUAAGCCCAACAAUGAGGAGCAGCAGUUGUGCGGAGGAAGCCCCACCCUACCCCACCAUCCGGAGGGUGCAUUCUCUGCACGUGUCCACUCCCUCUGCCAUCCGAUCGGUUCCCAUCUCCCGCACUGAGGUGCCCCCUGAUGACGAUCCUCUUUACUGCCCUAGACCCAUCCUCCAGUACAAGCCAUAUCAGCCCCAUGGAGAUUAUCAUGUCACUCAGUUGCAACCUUAUUUUGAGAAUGGCCGGGUUCAUUACCGAUACAGCCCUUACUCAAGUUCCUCCAGUGUUUCUUGUUAUACUGCAGGCGAGGGUGGAUUUUACGACUUGGAUCCUUACGGUACAGUGAGGUUGAGGCAGUUCCAUCCUCUCCCAGGCAAAGAUUUUCCAUCCUACUCCAAGUUACCGACCAAGAACCUCUACCGCUGUCCUGGUUUACCACCCUACUCUCGGGGAGGUCUUCCUGGGCACCUAGCAGGCAAAGAGCAUAGUUUCAUCAGCAGGGAUGUGCCACCUGCCUCUGACGUCAAACCCAUGUAUGUCUCCUGGGACUUGGAAGAUAUGGAAAAAUACUGCAUGCAGUCCAUCCGCCGAGAGAGCCGUGCCCGUCAGAAAGUCAAGGGGCCGGUCAUGUCCCAGUAUGACAACAUAGCCCCUUUGCUGCAAGAGGAGGUACGGGCCACAGAUGUUGUUCACUUGCGCAGCAAAUCGGAUCCUGGGAAAACUGGACUCCUCACUGUUGCUGAUGGGAAAGAAGGGAGAUACCUAAACGAGGGAGAGGAACGCUACUACGGGCCCCAGCCGGAACCGGACAUUGACAGAGCCCAUUACCGCGGUGGUUAUGGGAACGGACAGUCGGAGAAACCUAUGCUCCCUCAGAAACAAAGCAGUCUGAGGAGCAGAAAACCGCCCGAGGUCAGUUGUAAUUCCAUUGAGCACAGAAUGCACCUUGCACACGAAGCGGCUCACAGGCAGAUGCCGGAUGCUAAAAACACCCCUCCCUACCCUGAUUACCGACCAAAGGGCCACCUGUCGGAACCCACGGAAUGCUUGACAUAUCAGCACUCGGGUGGCAAAUACAUCCCAGCUAACCAUGACGUGUUGAGACUGAACCACAAAGAGGUGAAGCUGGCUGAGGACGGAGAACGGGCUCGGUCGAGACACCCGGCUGCUCCAGCUGAAAAACACUCCAGAGACUGCUAUAAAGAGAGCGAGCACUACGGGCAGCCUCCGGGCCCACCGCCUAAGCCGGAACGGAGCCAUAGCCUCCGCUUCCAGCACUCUGAGAGCACACCGCGGGAUGCGGGUCUCCUGUACCCAUACCAAACCCUUGGCAAACGCCAAAGUACGGCGACUGUGGUAUCCCAGUAUGAUAAUUUGGAUGAUUACCAUACCAUGCCUCAGCACCAAAGAGGGGGAUACUCUGGAGGAGGGGGAGUUGCACCUUCUUUUCCUCAUCCACAUAGUAGGACUUACGCCACAGCUUUGGGCCAAGGAGCGUUCCUAUCGUCUGAGCUUUGCCUUCAGAGGCCAGAGACGGAAGUCCAUGCAGAGUGAGCUCGGGGGGCCCGAAGGGAUAGAGUGUUAGCAGCCUCUGCUGGACAGUGGACUGGUUUAUUUUUUCAAUGAUGCACAAACAUGCACACGAACACCCAAAACCAACUCCUUCCAUUAGCCCCUGUUGAGUUUCUGCUCUGUCCAGUCCUCAUGCCGCUUAUAGGGACUUUUUUAAAAAACAAAACAAAACACUAAAUGUAUAGUUUUAUCCCAUCGUUUAAAAUGUAGCUUGCAACAAUCACACAGGCUUUUUUUAAAUAUAUAUAUUAAACUUGAAGACGCAACCGGUCUCCAGGAAGAGCAGCAUUAAGGAUGAAGAGAGAGACGGGUCGCACUGUGAAUGAUUCUCAGUUUCCAUAGAUUUCAACUCAUGGCGUUUCCUUUAGCGGUCCCUGUCCUUUAAAGCCACACGCAUGAUGUACGUAUUGAUAGGCUAACACAGACGUUUCUUCUCUAGGCAAAAGUCCCUUGUCUGUGCUCAUUUAGAGGAAGUUUUACGGAAUGCCAAGCUUUAGUCAAUAUUUUAACUUGGGUCCUUUCAGGUUUUAUGCCUCAAACUCUAGGGGGAAAAAAAAAGAUUUUGCAUCGUGUGUUCUUCUCCCUUUAGUUAUACCACCACUAUAACAUAUAACUUUUUUCCACCCUAAAUUUUGCUUUCCCUAUUUGUCAAGGUGCAAGCCAGUCACAUAUUGGGCGGCUGGUAUCGGUAAGAAGGCGGUGAGGUCUCAGGCAUGUCACCUGGUCUUAUUUCCCCAUGAAGAAAUCUGUAAUAAGCUGCUUCACAUAUUUGAGAAGUGAGAGGAGGGCGGGGAGAGAAAACCAUUCAUACGUUCUAAUCGGAGCUUUGCUUUGCCAGGCCGACAGGCGCUGCCUCUAUUAUCUCAUAAAGGGAAUAAACUUCCCGAACAUCUUUUCCAUAGCAAGUGGCGUAUCUUGCAAAAGCUUCUGAGCAACAAAAUAUCCAGGGAUCUUUCUCCUGAGUGAGAGCCAUUGAAAAACGCAAUGCUGGGUCCCCUCCCCUCCGUCACGGAUACAAAAGAAUCGUGAUGCGUUUCAUCGUUUUAGCACUGGAAAUUUAUUUCAACGUCGUUAUUGAGUAGCUUUGUGCCUAGCCUAACCCAGCAGUGGUCUAGAGUCUAGAAAAACAAUUCCAUAUUUCUUUCUGAUUGCUCAGUUGGUGCUGCCGAUCAGCUGAUCCUGAUAAGCUCAUCAUCAUAGAACUGGGGAAAGAUACUACAGACGUAGGAAAAUUCCAGUUGGUUUGAUGGGAGGGUCAGUAAAACAGGCCACAGUGCGCUGGCACCUGUCGUGUAGUGUUUAUAGGAUAGUGAUGGGUGUUUAGUACUUACUUGGACUCUACAACUUCCAGCAGUCCCAGUCAGUGUGAUAUUGGUAGCAGGUGGUGGAAAAUUGGUGGUCUGGCAAGAAGUGUGUCUGUGUUGGGAGAGAGCUCCCAAGUCCCAUGCUGCCCCACACUGUAAGGGAGACCUGUGUGCAGUAGAUGCCCUGUGGGUACACAACUGCCUCUCACUUUUUACAUUUUUAUUUUAAGAUGCCUGUUGAAAGAGGAUGCCGCAUUGAAUUUCCUUUUCUGGAGAAGUUAUAAAUAGGCACAGCUGUUCAUCCUUAGUGUCCUUGUCACAACUGGAGCGCAGAGGGACCUUGGGGUUUUCAUGCUGCCUUAGGCUAGCUUAAACAACAUGUCCGUGCUAAGAUUUUCCAAAGUGGCCGGAGUCUAUCCCAGGAAUAAAGUGCUGCUUCUUUGAGGUCACCACAACAAUGUUAACGCUAGAAUGAGGCCCGUGGGAAGCAUCUGUGUCGUUUCUCUGUGUCUGGGCCCUUGUUACAGCAUCAUUGAUGGGCAUUAACUCAGAAUACUACCUAUGUCAGGUUUGCCCUUGAGCAACAUCAGGUAUCUUCACAAGGGGUAACAGAAGCUUCUCAAAACCAGCAAAAUAUCAGUUACUCACAUUGUCCCCUACAGCUACAGUCAGAUUACGUUCUUUUGGUCAUUCUGACGCAUAAUUUCUUUUGAAGUUCUGAUUGUCUUAAGUACAGAUUUAGUGGUCAGAAAAUUCACUGUGAUUUAAACUUACUUCUAUUUUUCAAAAAAAAAAAAAAAACCCAACCCUAUUUGUUUUUGUUUAUUUAUGCUGCAAUAGUGAGAAAUGGAGGAAGGAACAUUCCAAUGCACUAAUGUCUGGAGCAAGCAGAUUUUUUGUUUUUGUUUUUGCUAGGGUCUUUCCCUAUAACAAGCCCAGUUGUAACCCACAAAUGGCACACAGCCAUUGUGGCUUCCAACCUUUUGAUCUCUUGAUGUUCUGUUGGUGGAUGCUGGCUUACAUUGUUCAGUUUCCCUCUAGGAUUAGGGCAAGGAUAUACCAUUGUCCUCAGGACAGUUGAGGUUCAGGUUUCAACACCUACAGUUCAAACUUUUACCUUCACAAAAACCUCAAUUUUCCUUGUAUUCUCUCCUUCCAUCAGUCUUAGGCUAUCUGCUGCCCAGAACUAACCUGAUUUCUUUUCCUGUCUGUAACUCCUUGUCUCUCCUCUAACUGAGCUGAUGAUAAUAUGAUCUCAUCUCUCUCUCUCUUUCUCUUCUCCCUUGGGGUCCCUUGCCCUGUCCGCCGCUUAAAGCAUUUAACCUAAACUAUUUCAACACGGAAUUGAGCAUUCAAUCACGGAAUAUUGUCCCCUGUUGCGUAGGGCCUCUGCGUGGUUGGGAAAGCGCUGUACAAAAUUUCAGCUCGAAAGCGCCAAGAGUUUAAUGGCAGCAAUUAAAUUCAGCAAAAGUUUCCUGAGCUUUGAAAGAGCUGCUAAUAUUUCCUCCUAAUAUUUCUACCACUAUUUUUUUUUUUUAAAAAAAGCUCCCUUUCCUUCCCACCCCCAUGAAAGCCAUAGAAUUAACUAUGCAGGCCUGUUCAUGUACCCUGGUUAAUUUUGGAGCACUGAACUUUAAAAGAGACAUCCCCCCCCUCCUCUUUAAUGAACCUAAAUCUAGGCUCCACUCCCACAGUGUACAAAGAGUAAGCAUUGCUCAUCUUUUUUUUCUGUAAGCACGGGUUUUGGUGGUUAAAAAUACGUGCUCAUCACAUCAGCCAUAAACCUUAGGUCUAAUUAGCUGUGGCAACUGGCCUUCAGGUCCCAAGCAAAGAACCUGAUGAUGCAAACCAUCCCUCAGCGGUUGGGUCCCUUAAGUUUCUUUCCUUUUGUUGAUGAAACUUCAGAUGCUUAACGGUAGACCGUGCUCCCAUCUACAUCCAGGUUUGUAUGUGUGCUUAGAGGAAAACCGUUCCUCCCUUGGUAGCAUUAGCAGGCCUUUGUAGGCCCUGCGUCCUUGUUCCUAACGUUAAAACGAGUUUUUAAUCAGGUGUAAAAGUUUAUGCAGAUGAUAGCGAAAAACAUUGUGCCUACGUCUUUGCAGACGUAAUCUGGGGGAGGGGGGAGUCUUACCGCUUGGAGGGAGGGACACAAUGAGAAUUGCACAGUUCUGGCAGAAACCGCCCCACGCAACCAAAAUUUGCUCGCUUCUGAAACGAUGUUCCCCAUUCAUCCCCAGAGACACGUGUCCCCCUGUAUGUCUUCUCCCCACCCCAUCCAGAUGCCCCGUUUCAAUUCGAUAGGUUGAUGCGUCAGCGGACUGCGACGUGACAAAACACAGCAUUUGGGAAUGGUAUUGUAGACUUAGAGGAUUCUGAAUUUAAUUUUUAAAGGUGGCUUCGGCAUGACAUUUUCUCCAGAGUUUUGUGCUAUGGGAACUGAUGCAAUGGGCAUGGUACACUUUUAACAUGUGCUCAGUAACUUCAGUGUCUCCAGUAAGUUUAAUAUUGUAUAGCUCCAUUGCAAAACGAACAAGAAAUGAUCGUUGUGUGGUUUAUUUUCCUGCUGUGGAAACUUGAGUCGUCUUUUGAGCCACAUGCGAGGCUCCUCUCGGAAAGAUUGGGGGAGCUCUCUAAGUGUUCUCUUUUUAAUUUAUAUAGUGUCUUAUUUUUUAUUAUUUUUAUUUUUUACUCUUGUGUGUAAGAACUGGUAUAAAAUGUAUAUGCCGACGAGCUCAUGUUCUCUUAUGUAAAUAUUUUUGUGCAUCCCACUUCCUCCCCUCCCUUGUAAAUAUUUAGAUUCUCAUUUCUCCGCGCUGUAUGGGGGCAGAUGUGUUCAUUUACUAUUCUUAUUUUUUAAUUUGUACUGUAAUGCUAUGACCAGACUUCAGGUGUCUUGUGCUAUUAAAAACAGAACAACCUAACAGUCCCACAAACCUCAGAUGUACAACUCAGCAAUUAAUGAAGCCAGGUUAAAGUCUA